AUGAGGGUAAAGGUGAUCUCCAUCCUGGAAGACAAUUACAUGUACUUGGUCAUAGAGGAGCAGACCAAACAGGCCUUGGCUGUGGACCCCGCGGUUCCUCACAGGCUUCUGGAAAUUGUGAAGAGAGAGGAGUUGACCCUGGUGGCUGUUCUCACCACACAUCAUCACUGGGACCACGCUCACGGAAACGAGGCCUUGCUGAAGGAGAUACCCGGCCUGAAGGUGUACGGCGGAGACGAGCGCAUCGACGGUCUGACCGAUAAAGUGACCGACGCUCAGGAACUCAAGUUCAACUCCAUCAACGUCAGAUGCCUGUUCACUCCCUGCCACACCGCCGGACACAUGUGCUACUUUGUUUGGGAGGACGAGUGCGCCGAUGCCCCCGCUGUAUUCACAGGGGAUACGCUGUUUAUCGCCGGAUGCGGGAAGUUUCUGGAGGGCUCGGCCGAGCAGAUGUACCGCAAUCUCACUCAGGCGCUGGGCUCCCUGCCGCAGGAAACUAAAGUGUUCUGCGGACACGAAUACACCGUCAAGAACCUGAAGUUUGCUCUGCUGGUGGAGCCGGACAACAAGAAGGUUCAGGAAAUGCUGACUUGGGCCAGGGCGAGAGAUGACGAGGACAAGCCGACGGUGCCCUCCACCCUGCGGGAGGAAUUCCAAUACAACCCGUUUCUCCGUCUCACGGAGGAAGGGGUGCAAAAGUUCACGGGGAAGACGGACCCCGUGGAAGUGCUGAGGGUCCUGCGCCAGGAGAAGGACAAGUUCAAGAAGCCCAAGGAGAGGCUUCCUCCGCAGGUCCUGCUGGCCUUGAAGUGGGGGCUGCUAAGACCCUGA